AACAGAAUUACAGAAGCAUUCGUGGUCUGAUGAGCGAUGAAUCAGGAAAAAAUGACGCCAUUGAUGCUUAUUGCUGGAGCUCUAGAAGAAAACGUCUGGAAGGUCUUUCCAAUCCCUAAACACUCCCCGAAAUCUACUUAGCAAAGCAGGAGAAACCGUACAUCUGUAGCAUAAGGAGAGGCAGGGAGAGAGACAGCAGAUCGGAAAACAGGGUAAGAGUGAACCCUAGCCUUUUCCCCUGCAACGUUUCAUUCCUCCGUCCCCUGUCGCCCUUUAUUAGGGUUUCUUCCCCCCAAAUAAACCCUAAUAACACAUUACAUCGUCCUCUUCCCCGGCGGAUUCACGGAACCCUAAUUAGGGUUUCGGUCUCCUUUACUCGAACGGAUCGAUUGAUUUUUUAGGGUUUUGAUUCAGCAACGUAUGUAUGGCUUCCGGGCCUAUGGUCGGGGGAGGCGGUGAUGGUUCUCGAGACAAGCAUAGAUGGGGAGAUGGCAAAGUCUACACCAGAAAGGCUCACAAUAAGGGUUCGAAGAACGCACCUCAACAGCAGCCCUCUCAAACCACGGGUCCUGAAGACGGCAACUCGUCUCAGCAGCUGCUGCUCACUCGUUUCGAUGCCGCUUCUGACGAUUCGUCAAGCCUGAACCGUCGUCAAUCAGCCGCUCCCAACAGUCGUGAUCCGCCUUCCGGUAAUGGCUCCGUUCGCCCAGUUUUCCCCAGGUUAGAAAAUCGUGUCACGAUUAACGUCUCUUCUAGGUCGAAGCAGGAGAUGCGAGAGCUACGGCGAAAGCUCACUAACGAGCUCGAUCAGGUUCGGAGUCUGGUGAAAAAGCUUGAAGCUAGGGAACUGCAACUCACUGGGUUCUCCGGUGGUUACAGUCACUCGCAGCUUUCUGCGAAUGAUGCUGUAGACAACGGUGGCACAAAAAGGUUGAAUUCUGAGUUUGGUUCCGCGGGGCAUCAUGAGUCGAGGCCGUUGCACCAGCUUAGUAUCUCAGUGGUAGAGAACAGCCAAGGAGUUAGCGAUGUUGUUGAGAAAGAGAAGCGGACCCCGAAGGCAAACCAGUACUAUCGCAAUUCGGAUUUUGUGCUUGGAAAGGAGAAAUUCCCACCUCCAGAGAGCAACAAGAAGUCGAAGUCUAAUGGUAAGAAACAUGGAGAUGGGGAAUACGGGUUUCAGGGGUUUGGAAUGGACAAGUAUUCCAGUCAGAUUUUCAAGAGCUGCAGUAUCUUGCUUGCCAAAUUGAUGAAGCACAAGCAUGGUUGGGUGUUUAAUACCCCCGUGGACGUGAAGGGGCUUGGACUUCAUGACUACUACACCAUUAUCAAGCAUCCAAUGGACUUGGGCACAGUGAAAUCAAGGUUGAAUAAGAAUUGGUAUAUGGCUCCGAAGGAGUUUGCAGAGGAUGUGAGACUUACAUUCCGGAAUGCGAUGACUUAUAACCCAAAAGGGCAGGAUGUUCAUGUCAUGGCGGAACAACUUUUGAAGAUAUUUGAAGAUAAGUGGGCUGCUGUAGAGGUUGAAUACAAUCUUAAUACAAGGCUUGGAGCAGACCAUGAUGCUAUUCUUCCUACCCCUACUUCGAGGAAGGCCCUUCCACCUCCUCCAUAUCCUGAGAUGAGAAGAACUCUGGAUAGAUCAGAGUCAACAACACUUCCCAUUGAUUCUAGCCUGAAAGCUUCAAACUUCGCCCCUCCAGUUCCAGGUCGGACCCCUGCUCCAAAGAAGCCUAAGGCAAAGGAUCCUCACAAAAGGGACAUGACAUAUGAGGAGAAGCAAAGGCUCAGCACAAACCUUCAGAGUUUGCCUUCCGAAAAGCUGGACAACAUUGUUCAGAUUAUUAAGAAGAGGAAUUCAUCGUUGUGCCAGCAUGAUGACGAGAUUGAAGUGGACAUUGAUAGCGUUGAUGCAGAAACUCUAUGGGAACUUGACAGGUUUGUAACCAAUUACAAGAAGAGUCUGAGCAAGAACAAAAGGAAAGCUGAACUUGCAAUCCAAGCAAGAGCAGAAGCAGAAAUGGAGCCAGAGCACAAUGUACAGGAAACGAAUCCAGCCUCGGGAAUGGUAGAAGCACACAAAGAAACCAAAACAGAUGAUAAGAUUGUUUCCUCUUCCUCCCCUGUCCAAGCAGAAAAGCAAGGGGACAACGGGAGUAGAUCAAGUAGUUCAAGCAGCUCUAGCAGUGAUUCUGGAUCCUCUUCAAGCGAUUCUGACAGUGAAAGCUCCUCUGCAUUUGGAUCUGAUGCUGGACAUUCCCCAAGGACUUGAAUGGGUUCAUUUCAGAUGUAAAAUAUAAGAUGCAAAGUUGGUGACGCACCUGACGCCAGAUGAUUCUUGAAAGAUGGUAUUUCUGGCUGUUGCAUAAGAUGGUUUUUAUGAAGCAGACAUUCUUAAAGCUUUUCUGACCUUCCUGCUACAGUGAAUUGUGUUUGUUUUCAAGUUGCAGAGAGGCGACAACCUUUAACUGGAUUUAUUCUUGCCAUAACUUGGAACUACAUCCUUAUUUGCAGGUUCUUCUCCAUCAAGGCUUGUAUGAUAUUGUUAGCAUAUAGCGGUGACGAUUGGUUUGCUUUGUGUAGCAAAUGUACAUUGCUAACUUCUGCUACUCAUUUCAGUAUGCCGAUUCGUGUUAGGUUUUAUUGUUGGCUGCCAUUGUUAGCUUUCAAAUGGGAAAGGGUUAGGUUUAAUUAUUCUGGA